AUGGAGCGAGAGCUUGAAUUUGCGGAGUACUUGGUUGAAUUAAAACGGGCUAAUAGAAUGAACAAGGGCAACUUAAAGAGUGAGGUGUUCCCGACAAUUGUCAAUAAAUUUGCCAAAAAAGGAUGCCACUUUGAUGAAAAUCAAAUCAAAGCGAAGUAUUAUGCUUUACGCCAUCUGACCCAAGAAUACAAUCGCAUGCAAUUGAGGGUGACUGGGGCCGGAUGGGAUCCCCUUCUCCAGACUGUAACCAUGGACGAAAUCAAGUGGCAAGCUGUGAUUAAGCGCGCAUUAUUUAGCUUCAUUCACCUUGUAAUCUUCUGGCCAUCUGGAGCUCAAAACUCAGAACAGGAUUAUCUCGAUGUUCAUAACGCAGCUCUUGCCCAAGUUGGUGUUGUCCCGAUAGCUUGGGACGACACGGUGGCCGGCUAUGCACAUGACUACGCCAAUCAGAUUAUAAACUACUGCAAUUGGACGCGAUCUGGGGGCCCUUACGGUGAGAACUUAGCUGAAGGCAGCGGAGACUUCACGGCCAGGGAUGCCAUCAAUCAGUGGGUGAGUGCGAAGCAAUACUACGAUUACGACUCCAACGCAUGUGCUCCAGAAACGGGGGAGUGCGGGAACUACACUCAGGUGGUUUGGAACAGCUCAGUUGGUCUGGGCUGCGCUAGGAUUCAAUGCACAAAUGAUGAUUUGUGGUUCGUGAUUUGCUGUUAUCAUCCCCGUGGCAACUACAUUGGUCAGCGCCCUUAUUUGCAGUUAUGA